AUGGCAAAAGACACUCUUCUUUUCACCGGCGCCACCGGCAUGAUCGGCUUCAGAACCUUGAUCCGGCUGCUAGAGCAAGGCACCUUCCACGUCCGCGUUGCCGUGCGCUGGCAGUCGAGCUACGACAAGCUUCUGACCUACAAGCCAAUCGCACCUUACAUUUCGCAGAUCGAAAGCGUCAUCGUUCCCGACAUCACAGUUCCGGGCGCCUACGAUGAGGCCGUCAAGGGCGUCACUCACAUCAUCCACGUCGCAUCUCCCAUCCCCAGCGCCCAAACUGCCGACUUUGAGACCGAUUUGAUUCAGCCCGCAAUCCAAGGCACUGUUGGCAUCUUGCAGUCUGCGCACAAGGCCGGCGGCAUCAAAAAGAUCGUCAUCACGGCGUCUGUGGCAGCCAUCACAUCAACGCCGCACAUCUCAUCCGGGGCCACCAUCAAUGAGGAGACCAGGACCACUGAAACCAAGAGGCCCUUUCCCAACGUGUUUGCGGCCUAUGGUGCUUCCAAGGCGCUGUCGUUCCAAGCCACGGAUGACUUCAUCUCCAAGCACAAUCCGGCGUUUACCGUAGUCAGGAUCCUUCCCAGCUUUGUCAUUGGCCGUGACGAUACCGUGACCGACGUCUCUCAGAUUGCCAAGGGUACCAACGGCAACGUCAUGGGCUCUCUCCUCGGCCACGCGCGAGAGGGGAAGCUGUCCGGCGGCUCUGUGCACAUCGACGACGUUGCCAGGUUGCAUGUUCUGGCUCUCGAUCCCGCAAUUUCAAAGCACGACACCUUUCUCGCCAGCAACCCUGUGUCCAUCGACUGGUCUGACUCCUUCGAAAUUGUCAAACGUAGAUACCCGGACGCGUACGCCGCUGGUUUGUUCAAGUUUGAGUCGAUUCCCAGACCAGAGUCGGGCCCUUCGCACAUUGACAGCUCCAAGGCGACGAAGACAUUCGGCAUCCAGUUCAAAGACUACGAGGAGCAGGUCGUGUCUGUCGUCGAUCACUACCUGGAGCUGGUCAAGGCAAAGCAGUAA